GCUGCUUCCAGGGAUGUCGACGUUCGUGCAAGGUUUUGUCAAAUGAUUGGUCUCGUUUGCAGCGAUUCGAUUGGAGUUCAGGACGUAACGAAGACGGACCUUUCACUACAGCAUUGUGUAAGUUACGCGGUUUUCAUUGGCGCUGUCGUUAGCAUCGUUCUGCUGGCUGUGAUAUGUAUAGUUGUGUUGGUUGCACUGUUAAGAAGAGAACGUCGACAUCAAAUAAAAGAGUACGGACGGCCGCCCUCAAGAGAAUCAUUUCUAAAGGAGCGAAAUAAACGGUGUCAAGAUACAACCGAACUGGACGUUCUGCCCACCCAACCAUCCAGCGAGGAACUUGGACAUGCCAACCUACCAAGCACCAGUGUGGAAUUCCCGCGUGAUCUAGGGGCGCCUAGUCGGAACAUCUGAC